CUGAUCACCCGCACACCACUGACAAGCCGCGUGCGACCCGGUGUCUGCAUUCCGAGAUUUUUGCUCCUCUCCUACAAGCAGAUUGAAGUAGCAGUCACCAUGUCUGAGGAGGACCACAAGCUCAGGCAGCGAAUCAGAUACCGUCAUGUAGAGAAGAUUUACAUGGACCUUAAAGAGCUUGGUUACCAUGACAACGACCCCCUGGAGGUGACUGACCUGAUGACGUUGGACCAGUGGCACUACUUCGGCACGGAGCCAGUUGACGCCGUCAUCAAGCUACUGGACAUCAGGGAAGGUGCGCGUGUCCUGGACGUGGGGGCCGGCAUUGGGGGUCCAUCUCGGUACCUCGCGCACAAAACCAAGUGUCACGUGACGGCCGCCGAACUCCUUCCCGACAACCACCGCGUGGGGCAGGACCUGACGUCACGCUGUUGCAUGACGGGAAGCGUGAAGCACGUGUGCGGUGACAUCAUCAAAACCGAGCUGGGUAAUCAGGAGUUUGAUCACGUGAUGAGCAUCCAGGCGAUCUACUACGUAGAGGACAAAUCUAGGCUGUUCCGUCAACUGUACGACUCCCUCAAACCUGGAGGGACCAUAUGUUUUGAGGAGUUCUGCCGCCUGAAGGACGUUGAGAGUAACGAGGAGAAGGCGGCACUGGACUUCUUCCUGCUGUGCGUCAACACUCUGCCGACCCAGCAGGACUACAGACGCCUGCUGGAGGAGGCUGGCUUCCAAGUCACGGUUCACGACAUUUCUGCCGCGUACGCCGAGUACACGUACGGGCGUUGGUCGAACUGGGACGAGCAGCGCGACAAGUACGUCCGUCUGUACGGGGAGGACAUGGUGGACGGAUGGCUCAACUUCAUCGUCACCGCCAAGAAGCUGUGCAACGACUUCGGCCUGGUGGGAGGGGGGCGCUUCGUCGCGCGUAAAUUGUGAAGAUAGAAGUCUGAAAAGGGCAGUUCUAGCCUGUGUACGGUGUAACACAAGAGAUGAAACUACAUACAAUAACACUUUAAUAAAGGUCCAAGUUACAUGGUGACUGGUGUUGUAAGGAUGGUGGGAGGGGGGCGCUUCGUCGCGCGUAAAUUGUAAAGAUAGAAGUCUGAAAAAGGCAGUUCUAGUCUGUGUACGGUGUAACACAAGAGAUGAAACUACAAUAACACUUUAACAAAGGUCGAAGUUACAUAGUGACUGGUGUUGUAGAGCUGGUGGGAGGGGGGCGCUUCGUCGCGCGCAAAGUGUAAAUAAUAGAAAUCUGAAGGAGGCGAUGUUACACAAGAGAUGAAACUUCGACUGCAUGUAAACGAAGGUGUAAGUUACAUUGUGACUCAGGUGCGGUAGUGCUGGUGGGAGGGGUGGGGGCGCUUCGUCGCGCGUAGGGUGUGAAAAGUAAAAAUCUGAAGGAGGCAAUUGUAGGCUGUGUUGCACAAAAGAUGAAACUUCGACUGCACCUAAUUUAUAAAUAAAGGUGCAAGUUACACGGUGACUGGUGGUAAAGGGAUGGUAAGAGGGAGAGGGGGACGUUGGUCGGUGUGAAGACAGAAAUCUGAAGGAGGCGAUUCUAGCCUGUAUUACACAAUUAUUUCAUAGUUGUAACUGCUGGGAAUUUCAUACUUGCCACAUUUGGAAGUUAAGUGAAGAUGAACAU